AUGACAGUGGUACCCAGAGCCCCGUGUCCCCCAGAGCCCCGUGUCCCCCAGAGGAGCGCCGUGUCCCCAGAGCCGCGUGUCCCCCAGAGCCGCGUGUCCCCCAGAGGAGCCGCGUGUCCCCCCAGAGCCGCGUGUCCCCAGAGCCGCGUGUCCCCCAGAGCCGCGUGUCCCCCAGAGCCGCGUGUCCCCCAGAGCCGCGUGUCCCCAGAGCCGCGUGUCCCCCAGAGCCGCGUGUCCCCCAGAGCCGCGUGUCCCCCAGAGCGUGUACAGUUUGUAAUCCUCAACUGGCGUGAAUGCCUGGAGGAGUGUGAGCGUCUUGGUGAAUGCUGA